UUAAUGAUCGCAUCGAUAAGCAAAAAGACCAACAAAUUUUUUGAUAAACCAUGGUUUCGAAACCGCUAUUAUUCUUCGUGCUGCAUCUCACGGUGGCAUUGGUCGUGUUUCAGACCGGAUCUCUAGUCACAGCGGAAGAGGAAGGUUCCGAGACUUCUAGUUCAGCGAUAAAGCCUCUGGUGAAGAUUGUGAAGGGCAAAAAGCUAUGCGACAAAGGAUGGGAAUGUAAAGGAUGGUCCGCGUAUUGUUGCAACCAUACAAUCUCCGAUUUCUUUGACACAUAUCAAUUCGAAGAACUAUUCUCUAAGCGUAACAGUCCGGUGGCUCACGCCGUCGGUUUUUGGGAUUACCGAUCAUUCAUCACCGCGGCCGCUGAGUAUCAGCCUCUUGGGUUCGGUACUACCGGCGAGAAACUUCAAGGGAUGAAGGAAGUCGCUGCGUUUCUUGGCCACGUUGGAAGCAAAACCUCAUGCGGGUACGGGGUUGCAACGGGCGGACCAUUAGCUUGGGGAUUGUGUUACAACAAGGAGAUGAGUCCUGAUCAGCUAUAUUGCGACGAUUACUAUAAAUUGACGUAUCCUUGUACUCCCGGAGUCUCGUACCACGGUCGAGGAGCUUUACCGGUUUACUGGAAUUACAAUUAUGGUCAAACCGGGGAAGCAUUGAAAAUGGACCUACUGAGUCACCCAGAGUAUCUCGAGAACAAUGCCACGUUGGCGUUUCAAGCGGCGAUUUGGCGGUGGAUGACGCCAGCGAAGAAGCAUUUGCCGUCAGCGCACGACGUAUUCGUCGGGAAAUGGAAGCCGACGAAGAACGACACGGCGUCGAAACGAACCCCCGGGUUUGGAGCCACCAUCAACGUUCUUUACGGCGAUCAAAUCUGCAAUAGCGGAUUCGAUAACGAUGAGAUGAACAACAUCGUUUCUCACUACUUGUAUUAUCUUGAUCUGAUAGGCGUUGGACGAGAAGAAGCUGGUCCUCACGAGUUUCUAUCAUGCGCCGAUCAAGAGCCGUUCACUUCCUCCUCUGUUCCUCCGACAUCUGGUUCCUCUUCUUGAGUGAUGUUUUUAUGAAAUAUGGUUCGGUUGACUUUUGAAAAAGAACUCGAGUUCGGUGUAUAUGUGUUUUGACUUUUGCAUGGGGUUGGUUUUUAUAUAUUUUGUAAAAAUAUACGUACGAAUUAAAAUAUUUUCCACACCAAAAAGGAUAAAGAUAAAAUCCUAGUUCGAACAAAAGAAGACGCUAUAUGUUUUGAUGGA